AUGCCCUCCCUCCUCGUGCCAAUCCCCUCGCCCGCGCGCGCAUCGCGCGCGGCGUCUCUCGGGUCCACCGCCGCGCGCCGCGUCUCGCGCCGCGUCGCGCGCAUCGCGUCCGCGUCCUCGUCGUCGAGCGAUGAGAUUUCGAGCCGACGACGAGAUCGAAACCCCGCGGCGACGCGCCUGCGCGAGCUCCUCGCGGGCCCGGACAUCGUCCAGACCCCGUGCGCGCACGACGCGCUCUCCGCGUCGCUCAUCGAGCGCGCGGGGUUCAAAGCCGGGUUCAUGUCCGGCUUCUGCGUCUCCGCGGCGCGCCUGGCGAUGCCCGACGCGGGACUCAUCUCGUACGGCGAGAUGGCGGACGUCGGGAGGACGGUGUGCGAAGGCGCGUUCUACCAUCUCACACUGGUCCCCGUACGACCGCCCGUGUCGCCCGGGUUCCCGUUCAUCGGCGACGCGGACGACGGGUACGGGAACGCGAUGAACGCGAAGAGGACGACGCGCGGGUACGCCGCCGCCGGGUUCGCAGGGCUGCUCAUGGAGGACCAGGUCGCGCCGAAAGCGUGCGGGCACACGCGGAAUCGGAGAGUCAUCCCGCGCGCCGACGCCGUCGCGCGCGUCAGAGCCGCGUGCGACGAACGCGACGAGGGGCCGAACGGGGACAUCGUGAUCUUCGCUCGGUCGGACAGUCGAAGCGCGGAGAGUUUAGAAGAGGCGCUGUGGCGCGUCGCCGCGUUCGCGGACGCGGGCGCGGACGCGUUGUUCAUAGAUGCGCUGCGAUCGCGCGAGGAGAUGGAGGCGUUCUGUAAGAUCGCCCCAGGCGUGCCUAAGAUGGCCAACAUGCUCGAGGGCGGCGGCGCGACGCCGAUAUGCUCGCCCGACGAGCUCCGAGACAUGGGGUUCAAAGUCGUCGCGUACCCGCUGUCGCUGCUCAUGGCGUCCACGCGCGCGAUGGAGAACACGCUGCGGACGAUCCGCGACGAGGGGUACCCGGACGAGAGCACGCUCGGGACGUUCGAGGAGAUCAAGGACGUGAUCGGGUUUAACGCGUACUACGCGGAGGAGGCGCGGUACGACACGACGCGCGCGGCGAACGCGAACGCGGCGGCGGCGGCGGGGUCGGGGUCGACGGGCGGCGAGGCGGCGUACGACGCCGCGUUCGACGCGCUCUGCGAGGACGACCCGAGCGCGGACGAGUGCAAGGUGUUCGACUGA